AUGAGCCAGUACGCAAACGUGCCAAAGUCUGAUUUGGACGAGAGCCAGAUCCGGGAGUUGGAGCAGUUUGAGGUGUCGCAGGGGCCACUUUCUGUUUUGCAGCAGUCUGUGCGAAACCAUACGCAGGUGCUGAUUUCGCUGCGGAACAAUAAAAAACUGCUUGCCCGGGUCAAGGCGUUUGAUCGUCACUCGAAUAUGGUGCUGGAAAAUGUGAAAGAGAUGUGGACAGAAGUGCCAAAGAGCAAAAACAAAAAGCCCGUGAAUAAGGACCGCUUUAUAUCGAAAAUGUUCUUGCGCGGCGACUCGGUGGUACUCGUACUGCGCAAUAUUGCCUAG